GCAACACGUUUUAAGAACGUUUCGGCACGAUUUUCGCGGCGCUUCCCAGCGCAGUGUCAGUGCGCAGCAAAUGUCGAUUUAAAGAACAGCGUCCUUCCAUGCGGUUAGGAGGCGUGUUAGCCCGGAAUGCCCGCAUCCUGACAGAUAAUGCCAUCGGGGCGCGUUUUCCUGAGCCGCGCAUCAUUCCCACUGACCGUCUCCUGGAGAUAUGCAGCCUGCUGUGUUUAGAUGCUGCCUCUCUGUCAUUAAUUGGAGCUUGUGGUAAAAUCAAGCAGCAACUGGUUCCUCGGUUGUCUCCGUUCCGAGCUCCCGAAGAGAUGGGAAGCUUUCCGUGCAGCCUCUCCACGCUGCAGCGCUGACUGUGCUGGCUGUGAGGAGUGGAUGCUGCUGCUGAGAGCCGGGGCUCCACUGAUCUGCUGGGGAAUCUGCUCUCCAGCAAGUCCUCCUAAUCCCAAUGGAGCAGCAAGAGGAACAGGUUGGGGGCUUGUCCCACCAUGGCAGUAGCCAGGAACUCGGUUCUCCACCCGUCUCCUCUUUUGAGCCUGGAGAAAGCUCUCAGCAGGAGGAAGGUACAGUGAUGAUGAGGAGAGAGAACUACCUACCGGUCCCUGGUGAGGAGAAAAACCUGAAUGGAGACUUCAAUGAGAAGACCACAAAUGAUAAGUCUGUGCCAAUGAAAACUCUCUAUGCGAGCGAUGGCUCUCUUCUGCAUCUGCCCCUUGGUCCGUACUUCUCUGAUGGACAGCGGCGUGUGGAUUAUGUUCUGACCUACGGCAUCCAGAAGCCCAGCGCCGUCCAACGCCAGUCAUCCAAGCUGAGUGACAACGGCAUCUUCCAUUGGCUUCGGCGCAGCCUGAGCUCCAGGAGCAGCCGAGCGCCGCUGCGGCCAAAGGAAGACCCAGAGGUUGCAGCCACUGAGCAACAGGCUAAUUAUCAUGAGGAUGACAAGCGCUUGAAGCGGGAGGAGUUUGAGCAAAAUCUUCAGGAGAUGGGACUGGAGCUGGAGACGGACGAAGGGGGUAAAAUUGCCGGAAUUGGCUUCUUGAAGAUCCAUGCUCCCUGGGCCGUUUUAUGUCGAGAGGCUGAGAUCAUGAAGCUCAAGAUGCCAACAAAGCAGUUUUACGAAGUGAAACAAGGCAGCAACCUGGUGGAGAAAAUCCGACUCUUCAUUCACAAAGUUACUGAUCCUCUCCACCCAAAAGUGGGUCCCAAACGGCCCGGAGAUGCCAAAUCGCUCUCCCUUCCUUUUUCAAAGGAGAAGCAGCACCUUUUUGACCUCUCUGACAAAGACAAGUUCUUUGACAGCAAGACGAGAAGCUCCAUUGUCUAUGAAGUACUGAAGAGGAUACGAUGGACCAGACCCAACUACUCCUUUGGGAUCACCAGUCUGCUAGCCAACGGUGUCUACACAUCUGCUUAUCCAUUGCAUGAUGGAGACAUUGAGGGGGUUACUGCAGAGCCUAAUGACAGGAAGUUAUUGUUCGAGGAAUGGGCCAGCUACAGUGUUUUCUACAAGUAUCAGCCUAUUGGACUGAUCAGGAAGUACUUUGGAGAAAAAGUUGGGCUCUACUUCGCCUGGUUAGGAGUUUAUACCCAGAUGCUCAUCCCAGCUGCCGUCGUUGGAGUCAUUGUGUUCCUUUACGGCUGCGCCACAGUUGAUGAUAACAUACCUAGCAUGGAGAUCUGUGAUCCCAGGAACAACAUCACCAUGUGUCCGCUGUGUGACAGUGCCUGCAGCUACUGGAAGCUGGAGACGGCAUGUGGCACAGCCAGAGCCAGCCACCUGUUUGACAACCCAGCAACAGUCUUCUUCUCCAUCUUCAUGGCUCUUUGGGCUGUUCUCUUCAUGGAGCACUGGAAGAGGCGCCAGAUGCGGCUCAACUACGUCUGGGACCUGACGGAUUACGGAAUGGAAGAGGAGGAGCACUAUAAGGACCACAACAGAGCUGAGUAUGAGCUGCGGGUCGCAGAAAAGACCAUGAGACAAGACCAAGGAGCCCCAAAGGAUGAGAAAGUGAAGCUAACGUGUACAGACAGAAUGCCAGCUUACCUGACUACUGUGGUCAUGAUGGGCUUUAUGGUUUUCGUAACCCUUGUGAUCACCUUUGGAGUCAUCCUGUACCGGAUCAGCAUCAGGACUGCGCUCCACCUGAGCACCUACCAUGCUACACACUCCAACAUCCGAGCCACCGUGAAAAGCACCGCCGCCAUCAUCAACCUUAUCGUCAUCAUCAUCCUGGAUGAGAUCUACGCUUCCAUUGCCCGCUGGCUCACCACUCUGGAGGUUCCAAAGACAGACAAAAGUUUUGAGGAGCGCCUCAUUUUCAAAACAUUCAUCUUGAAGUUCGUCAACGCCUUCACACCCAUCGUCUACCUGGCUUUCUUCAGAGGAAGACUGGUUGGGAGACCUGGAAAGUAUCUGUAUGUGGUUGGCUCCUACAGGAUGGAGGAGUGUGCUCAUGCAGGCUGUCUCAUGGAGCUGUGCAUACAGCUGUGCAUCACCAUGCUGGGCAAGCAGCUCAUCCAGAACAACCUCUUUGAGAUUGGCAUACCGAAGCUAAAGAAACUUCUCCGGAAAAGGAAGUCAGAACUGACCUCCAAGCAAGAAGAGGAGCUCCACAAAACUCUGAAGUGCUAUGAGAAAGAUCAUGUCCUGGGUCCUUUUGUUGGCAUCAACCCUGAGUACAUGGAGAUGAUUAUCCAGUUUGGCAUGGUGACCCUCUUUGUGGCCUCCUUCCCUCUGGCGCCGCUCUUUGCUCUUCUGAAUAACAUCAUCGAAAUCCGACUGGAUGCCAAGAAGUUUGUGUUGGAGCUGCGGAGGCCCAUUGCAGCCAAAGCCAAGGACAUUGGUAUCUGGUACAACCUGCUGAGGGGCCUCAGCAAGGUGGCCGUCAUUGUUAAUGCUUUUGUCAUCGCCUUCACAUCUGACUUUGUCCCUCGGCUCGUCUACCAGUACACCUACAGUCCUGAUGGAACUAUGCAUGGCUUUGUCAACCACACGCUGUCAUAUUUCAACGUCAGUGACUUUCAGAAUGGUACAGAACCAAGUAUCCCUAAGUUAGAUGUAAAGGUCUGCAGGUAUAAGGAUUACAGAGAGCCUCCCUGGUCCAACACACCGUACGAACUGUCCAAGGAGUUCUGGGCCAUUCUGGCCGUCCGCCUCGCCUUUGUUAUCGUCUUCCAGAACGUGGUGAUGCUCAUGAGCGACUUUGUGGACUGGCUCAUCCCAGACAUCCCCAAGGACAUCAGCUUCCAGAUCCACAAGGAGAAGCUCCUCAUGUUGGACCAUUUCAUGAAAGAAGAGGGGAGAAGACGAGACAACCAAAAUUAUGACAGCUACACCAGCCCCUCGUCGGGUAAUGCCAGCCCCCAUCUGCCCCGUUUACGCCCCGUUUUCCAUUCUAGAGCUGGCUGGUAAUGUUUUACCAACAACUCCUUAAAGCAUGGCUUCCUUUUUAUCGUCAGCAAAGGUUCUGUUGCAAUUACAUUGAUUGGGAAUUUUAAAAUAUCCCUGAUGUGUUUCUGUCACAAUUCUGUUCCUGGAUUGCUUCCCAGAAUGUUCCAUCUUAGAUGUUAUUCAAAUCACACAGCCUCAGUCACUGACCAAGAACUCUGUAAAUGGCGUCUUGUCGCCGAUGCACAAAUCUGCCAAACUUAUUCAUUAGAUUUAAUAGAGAGGAAGAAGCCAUUAAGGGUCACUGUGGGACCAAGUUCACGUUUACUCUGAGGAAGCUGUGCCAGGUCCCAUGGCAGACAAUCUGAAACUCCAUCAGAGUUCAUUUUGAAGACUAUCUGAAACUCCAUCCAAACGAUUAUCAGCUUUUUCCUUAUCUUAUUUCUGGGGAACGGUUCCAAAGGAGAUAUCCUGAUAUGUAUCCAACUUCUUUGUUGCACAUAUUUUACAAACACAGGUAUCUAUUGACUUACUUUUUAAAAUAUUCAGCAUGUACAGGCACAUGCGCAUUGAUUUCAGAAUUAGAAGCUGGUAUCAAAUGGCUUUUGGCAUCUUUUCCUUCAAUAAUUACUCAUAUGUUACAAUCACUCUUUGCUGUUGGGAUUCAAGUGCAGCUGUAGAUUAUAUGUACCAGGAGAAAGGGAACCAUCAAUACUGAGAUAGUUGUGAAUAGUUUUAAUGCCUGAUUAACUUUAGCCUGUAGAGAGCAACAAGUUUAUAAUAAUUAGUGUUUUUGACAUUUAUCAUAAGCAUUUCAGCAGACAGUGAGAAAUCAUAUGAUGCAUCAUUAAUAUUCUGCUUGUUUGUGAUUGUUUUACUUGAAGAGCACAAAACAAAUGACUUCAGGACCUUUAACGUUGCUAACUUUGGUUGUAGAGUUUCAGACAGAAGAAAUAAUAUCAGAAGUUAGUCAAGAGUUUUCUUUAUUAAGAUUCAAAAACUUUCUAGAAAACAAUAAAAGCAAAAGACAAACAAGCUUCUCCAAAGACUAAACACAUUCACAUGAGAUGGCUGUGUUUUAUGGCUAAUUUCUUACCUUCAACGUUAGUAAAGAUUGAUUGAAAAUAAAAUUAUGAAAUAAUUUUGUGCAAAUAAACCAUGGUUAACACAGUUAACUUUUGUUUUAGAUUUAACGUUGUUACAAUGGAUUUUCCAUUUGCUCACCUUUAAGACUUUUGUAACAUAAAGCUAAAAAUAGAAUCCAUCUUUAAGACUGCAGAAAAACUGGAAUUUCAACUGAAAAACAUCUGAGUGUUUUGAAGUAAAAAAAUUCUUAAUGUAUCUGAAAUGGUGUUAAAAUGAUGUUUGGCUAUGUGAUGAUAUUAAAUGUGUGUGUAGAGUAAACCAAUAUUAUACAUAACCAAAAGGUUGAUUGUACCAUAAAAAUGUUGUGCUGUUGCGGCUCUUCUUAGCCGCUUGUCCACUGGCCUCAGUCUGAACGCAAAGUGAGGAUCAACAGAACUAACUCUGCCUUAUAAUCUACAAACUGGGAUUGAAACAAUUACCAGAUUAAUUUAUUGUCCUCCCAUCCAAUGUGCCGCUGUAUACCAGUGAAACCUGAUGAAGCAGGGCUUUUUCAUCAUUAUCUUGCCUUAUUUUCACUACUUAAAAGAUUUUUUGAUUUGACUAUACUCUGCAUCUUUUUACCUGUACUUUCUCAAAGAUGGAAUAGUUUUGUGUUUUUCUAACUGCUAAAGCAAAAUGUGGGAGUGACUGGAAAUUGCUUUGAAGAGUGGAAGUGGAAUAGUCAGUGUGUACUGUCAGACCAAUCUCUAACUGAGUGAUUCAACCAGUUCUUAUUUCAGCUCCCACCUCAGACUGAUGGAAUGUAUUAGGUUUUGUUUUAAUCAAAUUAUGUAAAAUGUAUUUGAAAUAGAAAUGUUGUCUUUUUGAUUAGAUUAGCAUGACAUUCCACAUAUUAAAGGGACCAAUGACGUAACAAACUUUUAUUCUUCUCACUUGAUGUUAACAUUCAAGAAGAAACCAUCAGAUGAACUGUUUGCUGUGUAGAAAAACCUGGACAAGCACGUCGUUUUCAAUCAUCUGAUCAGAAGAAAUGUUCCAACCUUUUUAAUGAAAUAUUCUUCUUGUCUUUUCCCUACAUGUUUACAUAUUUUGAGGCUAUUAUUAUGCAGUGAUGGUAUAGAACAGGAACAGUAUCUAAGAGCCUCAUUAAGCACAAGUGCUUGUGGUCAGAUUCAACCCUGCCUCAUGUCCUUCUCCUUGUCUCUCACUGGUUGUAUUGAACAGUUGUUGUGGAAUGAUUGUCUGUUUUAGUGUGUGCCAAAGCUCUUUUUCAACAGGGGUGAGUGUGUCUGCAUGUGAAACCAACAACUUUGCCUCUUGUAUUGUCUUUGUUGUUUGGUCAUAUUUAGGAUGUGUAAAUAAACCAUGGUUGAAUUCCCAA